GUUUGAGCCCGGAUGUGAGCAGCCCGGCCGCCAUCUUCCCGCCUCAGCCGAGAGAGCCGCAGCGUUCGGGAGCGCGAGCCCAGCCGCAGCUGCCGCAGCGCCGCCGCCCGCCCGCCCGCCUGCCCUUCCGCCGCAGACCGCGUCCCCACCCGCCCUCGCGGAGAUGUCGGCUCCUGCUCCUGCUGCCACCCCCCCUGCUGGAGGAGAGGGAGGUGGCCCCCCACCCCCACCCCCCAACCUCACCAGUAACAGAAGGCUCCAGCAGACGCAGGCCCAGGUCGAUGAGGUGGUGGAUAUCAUGCGGGUGAAUGUGGACAAAGUCCUCGAGAGGGACCAGAAGCUCUCGGAGCUGGACGACCGCGCUGACGCCCUGCAGGCUGGAGCGUCCCAGUUUGAAACCAGUGCAGCCAAGCUCAAACGCAAGUACUGGUGGAAGAAUCUAAAGAUGAUGAUAAUUCUGGGAGUGAUAUGCGCCAUUGUCUUGAUCGUCAUCAUUGUUUACUUCAGCACCUAGUAGAAUUUAUGGAGCCAUUUCCCAUCCAGGAGCAGCGGCCGGGAGAGGUGUGGGGGCGAAGUUUUCCCCUCCCUCAUCUAGAUCUCAGCCAUAUCUUCCAGCCCCCCCCCCCAUGCAUCCCUUAUACCCUCUCCCCCAAUUCCCCUGUGUGUGUGGGUGUGCAUUGCGUGUGGGUGUCUUGUAAAUAGCCUGAUUUGUUAUUUAUACAUAUAUAUAUAAUAUAAUAUUAUAUUUUGUCUGUUUGUAGAUUUAUUACUAGACUUUCCAUGUGUCAUGGAAUCUCCUGUAUUCCUGCCAGCCCCUAACUUUCUCUCUCUCUCUCUCUCACACACUCACUCACUCACUCUCUCUGUCUCUCUCUCUCUCUCUGUUUUUUCAGUGUCUUGAUUUUUAACCAAAUCGUCAAGGACCAAUAAUUCCCCACAAUCACAAGUUCCCUUCCCAUUCUCCCCAUUAGUUGUCUCUUAAGCACCUCCUCUUUUCCAAACUGUCAUCUGGAUGCUCAUGGUGAAUGGUGCCCCAUCUUGGACUGUAGAACCUCCCCCCCCCCCCCCCGCUUUGCCAUACCUCUAAAAUGUCAGGACGCCUCAUAGGGAGUGAGGUGCGUUAAACAUGCACCUUCUUGCAAUCUGGGCAAAAUUUUUGCUGCCUCUGAGUUGAGUGUUAUGCAUUUCUUUGCCCAGACUACCUGCAUUACUGUCCCUUUUGCAGGGGAAGAAAAAUCCACACCCUUUGUGAUCUUCUGUAACAUUCCUGGAGUUGUGCUGUGUAUUGUAUCUUGAAAGUAAUCCACAUUACACCUUAGAGCCCCUCAAAUCUGGGGGUGGGGCAGCGCUGUGUGACACCCUGCAACAUUCCUGCGCCUCACCUCGCCGAGCCUCGUCCCCUGACCAAGGGAGAGGCAGCUGACUUCCUGCCAUGACUAUCGUGAAUGGAAAUAAACACACUCACUUUUUAAAAAAUAAAUGACGAAUGAUCAAUACAUUCCACACUUUCCAUAAAGGAGGCACGGUUAUUGGAGGGACCGUUGCCUUCCCUUAACUGAACAACUUCCCAUGUGCAUGAGCUGGGAAUGACAGCAAAGGCGGGAUUGAGGCGUCAGUUCCUUUCAGAAGUGGCAGGGAGGUGACAUGGCAAUUUGGCACAAUUUUAGCCGCCUGGAUGUCGGGGAAGAGAGGGACUGGGCAAGGGAGGGACUGUAAAAUGGCAUGUUGUAGGGAAAAUUACGCUUCAGUCUACAGGGUUCGAAAAGAUCCCCCCCAGUCCUGAGAAUUAAAUGUAGGUCAGCAUGUUGCAUCUUUGUAUGGUUGCCCAUACGAGGAUGCUUAGGUAUGCUCUCUCCAACUUCUGAGUGGAACUGCUGGCGAGGGAUGGGAGAGUGAGUAGAGGGGGAGACCAGUGUGACCACUGGCUGUUGGGGGACCCCUUUCUACCCCACUGCUCCAUCCUUGUCCACGAUCAACCAGUUCAGCUUUGCAGACUUUGUAAUCGUGAUAAUUGUGGUGUUCUCUCUCUCCAAAUACCUGUUUAGCACAAACUGCCAUCUUUCUUGGCCUGUUUAUAAUGUUGGUGUGACUUUUUUUUAUUUUUUGGUACAUCUUUCCUCCCCUUCUCUCCCCUUAUACCCCCUCCCUUUUCUCCCACGGAGAGGAAAAUGGUUCUCCUUGUCAACUCUCUAUGUACCGAUUGCUCUCUGAGUCCCAAGGAAUUCCAAAAGGAGCAAGGAGAAGCGCAGCUUUGUGUCGGCAUCGGGAUGAGGAAGCGUGGGUGCCCUUGCCAGCUUGUGGGAAGACGUGGCAUACACCGCAGGUCUCUCUGGGCACGAACGGGGCUGGGGCAGUGCUUGUACCUGGGGGUGGGCCGGGGGGGAACCACAAGUCUGACGCCAUCCUAGCUCUCGCUGUGGAGGGACAAGGGAGCCAGGAGGUCGGACGACUUGGUGCUUCCAUCCCCUUGCCAAGGACCUUGAUGAUUCUCGGCGGGUGCUUUGGGUUGGGAACGGCUGGGAAAGAGGCUCGAGGUCGAGGUGCUCUCGAUUGUGGCUGUGGGCGAGCUUGAGGUAGCAUCUUGCGGCGCGAGGAGGAGGUCUCGUCUUCCAUACAUGGCGCAGAAGGGGUGUGUGCCUCUUCGGGUGGGAGGUGGGGUGGGGGGGAGAGAAAGGGGCUGCAUUUCUUUAGCUGGACAGCAGGUGUCACUGCUGCUUUCCAGCUGCUGAGCAGAGUUCCUCUGGUUCAGGGAAAAAGGAAGUGUAAACUGUAACCUUUGGCCAGAAAGAAAGGGAUGGGCCCGGAAAAGCAGCCGGUCCGGCAGGUGCGGGUUGGGGAAGGCUCUUCUGCUUCUGCGUCUCCUGCCCGCCCCCUUCUCCCUCUUCCUCAGCAGGCCUGGGUCAUGCAGGAAGGGGUGGGACCCAAUAUGGACAGAAUUCCGAGUGACUAUGCUGUGAAAACAAUACAGACAUUUGGAAGAGAAAAUAAUGUUCAAUAAAUGUCCCUGUGGAGAAAGCCCA